AUGAGUGCAUCGCCUGGCUCAGACUCGUCUCAACCAAACCGAAAACGUCCCCGCACGGACUCAUCUGUGUCUGCGAAUCAAAGCCAGCAAGAGGAGACAUUCCGCCGAGACGAGCAGUUAAGUUGGUACGAAGACGGGAACAUCAUCAUCGUUGCGCAAGGCAUCGGUUUUCGCCUGUCCAAAGGCUUGCUCGCACAAAACUCCCAAGUGUUCCGCGAUAUGCUCAGCCUUCCUCAGCCUUCCGAUGCUUCACACGUCGAGACUUACGACGGUUGUCCCGUUGUCCACGUCACGGACACAGUGGAUGAAUUACGUGUGCUUGCAAUGACCGUUUUCAACGGUUUCAGCUUCGUAAGGAACAGCGGCCUCAGCUUCGAUGACGUUGCGAUGGGCAUCCGUGUCGCACACAAGUACAAUAUUCAAGGUCUUCUUGACCGCUCCCUGAGAAUACUCGAUCAAUACUACCCGUCAAGCUACACCUCAUGGGAUGAGGCUGUUACAUGCCUAGAGGACGACUGGGACCCAACGCGAGCGAUCACGGGCGUCAAACUGGCUCGCCUCACUGGCAGCAUGAAUAUGCUCCCGGCCGCGUUGUACAUGUGUUGCCAACUGGAUGGCAGAGUGCUUCUCGAGGGUCGGAAUCGCCCAGAUGGUUCCGUGGACACGCUGAGCCCGGAGGAUCUCGCACUAUGCAUCAACGGGAAAACAAAGCUCUGCACGUAUUUCUCGGAGGUUCUUUUCCAGAUCUUUGCACCAAUCACCGGCCCCAGAAGCAAGCCCUGCUUGGCGUCUAAGGGCCGCUGCGCUCGCUCCAUUGGUCACAUACAAGCGGCUUUUUUCAGCUUCAGCGACGAACCAUCUGGACAGGGGCAGUGCGACAUUCUCCGAUCGUGGUGUGACGCCAUAAAGGACCUCACCGGCACUCGCAAUGAGGUACUCGAUGAACCUCUAUGCCGAGCGUGCAUCGAUUCUCUUUGUGCGAGAGCGGAGACCCUCCGUGAGGAGUCCUGGUUGGUGCUGCCCGCGCUGUUUGGAGUGGGCAGGAACUGGCGGACCUGA